CUCACAGCGUGAAACUCGAGCACACUGCUGCUGCAGGACCCUGGACGGCUGAGCCCAAAAUGUGAAAGCCUGGAUAGCACCACGUUGCCUGUAAUAGGGAGGCUUUUAAUAGGGAGGCCUCUAACAAGGAGGCAUAUAUUAAGGAGCCUCUACCCAUUUCGUCUUCCUGAUAACUCUUUUGAACUUUACAAUCAUCUGCUUGAAUCAUCACAUCCCAUCACUACAACAUGGCUUUUUCUCAGACUGCACAGGAUUUCCGCCUUGACGGCUCGUUGCUCGUUGCCACCGUCGCCACCGAGGCCGGUGACUGGGUUGAGAGCGUGCUUGACAUUAACGAGUACAUCGGCAACAAUGACGGCUUCUUCGAGUUUGGAGGCAGCGGCAUCUUUGACUCUGUUGACGUGGAGUCGUGGAGACUGGAGGGACCGCUGCUCAUCACUUCGCUGUACAGGCUGGAUGGCUCCUUGGCGGAGGAGCAAGUCAUCAACCUGGACGACUACAUUGGGAAUCAAGACGGGGUUCUCGUGUUCAACUAUUAAAAGUGCAGAUAUGCCGAGAAGAAGUGUCAUGCAUGGACGGAUCAACUCCCAAAUGUGGACAAGGUGGUGGCCGUUGGGAUAUGAGACUGAUUGAUGGUAUUGACCAUGUACUUGUAUCGUUUUUGACAUCUUUGUUCUGUUGCUUGGAUUGUAUCUGUUGUAGAAUGCAUGUGAUUGAAGCCAGAUUGCCUUUGC